AUGUCUGGAGUUGCCGUAGGAUAUGAGCGUGUACUUGUUCCAUUAUGCCUGCUCCUGAUCCAAUUGGAGUGGACUUUAGGUCAAAAUACGACAAAAGCUCCUUGCUUGCCCGAAUUGGUGGCCAGGAAUAGGCCGAUGAGGAGGCUAGUGACGCAUAGUCUAUGGGAUGCAACUGGGUCGAUGACUACCAGAGAUCGGGAGGAAGGUUUCUAUGAUGUAGUGGUUGAACGGUCAGGGAAAUGCAAACCCAUCUGUGAGCCCAAGUGCAGUCUCCAUGCGGAUUGUGUGGGCCGUGAGAAGGAAACGCCCCAAUGUGUUUGUCGUGCCGGCUUUAACAUGGAGGUAGUACAUGGGAACAGAACGCGUUGCCGACCCCAAUGCGACAGUAAUUGUGGCAGCCAUACCAUUUGCCACAAACCUGGUAAAUGCAGCUGCUUGCACGGCUAUCAGAGAUCCAAGCUGAAUGCCAGCAACUGUGAGCCCGUCUGCCAAAUGAAUUGCGGGCGAUACCAGCAGUGCGGCAAACCCAAUCAAUGCGAAUGCAUUGUGGGUUAUAUAGAGGAUGCGGAGGGUCUGUGCAAGCCCCACUGCUCAGCAUGUGGAGCCAACGAGCAGUGCGUGCAACCAGAACGCUGUGAAUGUCUGCCAGGAUAUCAGCGCAAUGGAACGGACCAAUGUGAGCCACAAUGUUUGAGGCCUUGUCGACGGAAUAGUCACUGUGAUCGACCGGAUAUUUGUGGCUAUAUUGAAAAUGAGCUGGGCGUAUGUCAACCGCAGUGUGAUGUGGAUUGUGGAGCGUAUGCGCAAUGCACGAAACCAAACCUUUGUGAAUGCAUCGACGGCUAUCGCCAGAAUGAGCAAGGCGUCUGCCAGCCUCACUGCCAGCAAGAUUGUGGCGAGCACGGCUAUUGCAGCGAGCCAGGCAAAUGUGCCUGCCACCCGGACCAUAAGCUGUCUGAGCAGACGGGAGUGUGCCAGCCCAUCUGUGUGGCCUGUGGCAGGAAUACGCAAUGCCGCGCUGCAGGCAAGUGCGAGUGCUUGCCCGGCUAUCAGCGGCCGACGGCAGAGAGUGCGGACUGUGAGCCACAGUGCCCAGCGGGCUGUUCGGCCAACAGCUUUUGCAGCAGGCCCGACGAGUGCGAUUGCCUUGAAGGCUACGCCAAGGAUGCGGCGGGCCAGUGCUCGCCCAUAUGUGCGCCCGAGUGUGAGUUGCAUAGCGUUUGCACAAGUCCCGGGACGUGCGCCUGCCUGCCGGGCUACACGGGUGAGGGCAACCUCUGCAUGCCCAUUUGCAGCCAGCCGUGCGGCGACAAUAGCUACUGUGCGGAGCCGGAGCAGUGCGCCUGCAUUGAAGGCUACACACCUGGCGACGAGCACAAUCGCAACUGCUCCAGCUUGAAGGGUUCCCUAGUCAUUGGCAUUAUAUCAAUGGCAGUUGUUUUACUUGUCGUUUGCCUGGCCCUGGGCAUCGCCUUGAUCGUCAAAAGAUGCAAGGAUGACCACCCUUAUGCCGAGCAAAAUGACAAGCUUAGUCUGCCCAUGGAAAAGGUUGAUACCAAUCUAGAGGGCAUAGAGAACCCUGGCUAUGCGCAAUAA